AUGGAAGAGCUGCUCUCUAAAAGUCAGCAAACACUACCACAAGCUUUUUUGUCGCGAGCAGAUAAGCCUUCAUUGCAUGAGCCAGUCAAGCUGCUGGAUGCUCGUGUAGUUCCGAACGGACCCAGAAAACAUCAAAUGGCAGUUUGCGUGUUGCGAUCAUUUCUCCUGGUUGACUGGACAAGUUUGGCGCAAUUUUUUGAGAUCUAUAGGGCUCAAGGUGUAACGAAAUUUUACCUCUAUAUACAGUCCAUGUCACCAGAAGUGGAUGCUUUCUUGAAACUUUAUCAGAAGUCCGACGAUCUUGAUCUCGAGCUUAUCAGUUGGGGGCCACUACCGAAAACUGCGAGUACGAGCGAAAACGAUCCCAACCUUCAAAUCGACCGAGGCGAGCUUGCCCUUUCGAUGAACGACUGCGUACUCCGUUCUCGUGGCAUUGCCAAAUAUACGAUUUGGUCCGAUUUUGAUGAAAUUGUUGUUGUUUUAAAUAAUUUAACAUUAUUUGAAAUGAUUGAAAAGCAGCGUGCCUCGUCCAACAAAUCGGGAUCAUAUGUAAUUCCAGGCAGUUUUGCUCACUACGAGGUUAUUUUUUCCCAUUGCAUGGAGCACAUCAAAAGAUCAAACUGA